AUGCUGUCGCAUACGAGGAAAAGGAUGCGUGAAAAUACGAGGAUUAACGUUUCUGUACGAGUUGGGAAAAAUCGGAAGUUGGAUCCGAUAUUGAAAGUUGAGUGCGGUAAUAUUUUAAAAGAAUUAAUGAAUCGCCCUGCUGGAUGGGUUUUCAGCGAGCCUGUUGAUCCUGUGAAGUUACAUAUUCCCGAUUAUUUCUCCCUUGUUUCCAAACCUAUGGAUCUUGGUACCGUAAAGGGUAAACUCGAUAUUUACUCUUGUGCCGAUGAGUUUUUCGAUGAUGUAAAAUUGACUUUCGCCAAUGCGAUCUUGUAUAAUCCUGGUUGGAAUCGAGUUCAUCACUUGGCAAAGCAGUUGGAUUCUCUCUUCUGUAAGAGAUGGAAAAGAUUCGAGGCCGAUCGAAAACGAAAGAAAGAUUCUGAUAAUGAGUUUGUUCGAAAGAGAUCGAAAAAAGAUUUGUCUAUAGGUCAGGGUUUUUGUAUUCAACCAUGUACGGUGGGGGCUGGUUCGAAAGACGAUUCUACCCGUGCGGCCUCCAGUGCUUCUGUUGCUAAUGUCCAAAAACGGAAAAGAGAUUCCGUUGAUGAUUCAAAACUGGAUUCCGCUGCUGCUGCUUCGAUUAUUAUGUCUACAUCGAAUGUCAAAGAAAUGUCUUUGAAUAUCUCUUUGAGAGCUGCGAUGCUAAAAAGUCGGUUUGCAGACACAAUCUUGAAAGCCAAGCUUCAACUGCAGCAGCAUAAGGGUUCAACCGAAGAAAGACGAUUUGAGUCGGAAGAGGAAAAGGUGAAAGAGAGAAAAAGAAUCGAAGAAGAAUUUAGAGCUGCACAAAAAGAAGAUUUGAAGAGGAGACGCAAGAUUGAGAGGAUGGCUCUUGAACACAUGGAAAAAAGCGUUCGUAUAAAUGACGAUAACGCCCAUCUGUUGAAAAAGUUGGAGAGUUUGUGCGGCGAUUCGGCAUUCGAUCUAUUUUACGGAAAGGUUACUACUGCUAGUAAUUGUGUGGUUGUAAACCCUCUCGAGAAACUCGGGCUCUAUCUAAAGGAGGACGAUUAUUAUUAUUUCGAAGAUGAAGAACUACUAGUUAUCGAGGAUGAGUUGGAAGAAGGGGAGAUUCGUUAG